UACUACAGGAAGUAAGGCGCGUUGACUUGGUGUGUUUUCCUCCGUUGGCAGUUUAGCGAUCGAAGCUAACUAACAACAAGGUGCAACCACAGCAACCGAUGUGAAGCUAGACCUCAUUCCAAACUUCAGAGAUGAACCCGUCAGCGGCUUGAUUCCCCAAAUAUGUUGGCUGACAUUGUUUUAAUGUCUCGCUAUUCACUGAUAAGAAAACGUCACCGCGGACGACACACUAGCUAGAAACAACAGCAAGCUGAGUAGUAUGCUGGACGUGGGGAAGUGGCCAGUGUUUGCACUCCUUCCUCCUGAGGAACUGCGGCUUAUCCGGCAGGCGUGUGUCUUUGGCAGCGCUGCAAAUGAAGCCCUCUAUGUCACAGUUAAUGAUGAGGUCUUUGCUCUGGGCACCAACUGCAGCGGCUGUUUAGGGCUCGGAGACCUUCAAAGCACGAUUGAGCCGCGCCGGAUUGAUGUCUUGUGUGGAAAGAAGAUUGUGUCCCUAAGCUAUGGAACUGGACCGCAUGUGGUUGUCGCUACCUCAGACGGAGAGGUUUUUGCUUGGGGCCACAAUGGCUACAGCCAACUGGGCAAUGGGACCACCAACCACGGACUGACUCCUGCCCUCGUGUCUACUAACCUCCUUAGCAAGAGAGUGACAGAAGUGGCCUGUGGCUCCCACCACACUAUUGCCCUCACAACUGAUGGAGAGGUGUACGCAUGGGGUUAUAACAACUCAGGCCAAGUAGGGUCUGGGUCUACUGCCAACCAGCCAACACCACGCCGGGUCAGCAGCUGCCUGCAGAACAAAGUGGUGGUUAACAUAGCCUGUGGUCAGCUCUGCUCGAUGGCUGUACUGGACAAUGGAGAGAUCUAUGGUUGGGGCUACAAUUGCAAUGGACAGCUUGGUUUGGGCAACAAUGGAAACCAGCAGACGCCUUGCAGAAUUGCUGCUCUCCAAGGUGUCAACAUCAUCCAGGUGGCCUGUGGAUACGCACAUACAUUGGCACUUACAGAUGAGGGGUUUGUUUACGCCUGGGGAGCCAACUCAUAUGGGCAGUUGGGAACAGGCAAUAAGAGUAACCAAGCUCUCCCCACUCUAAUAAACACAGACAAGGAGAGGAUGGUGGAGGUGGCUGCAUGUCACACCAGCCACACGUCAGCAGCCAAGACCCAGAGCGGGCAGGUUCUGAUGUGGGGUCAGUGUCGAGGUCAGGCUGUUGCCAGCCCCCACCUCACCCAUUUCAGCGGCACGGAUGAUGUGUUUGCAUGCUUCGCAACACCAGCAGUCACGUGGCACCUUCUGUCAGUCGAUGGCGACGACUACCUAACUGUUGCCCAGUCUUUGAAGAAGGAGUUUGACAGCCCAGAGAUCUCAGACCUGAAGUUCUUGGUUGAUGGGAAGUGUAUCCAUGUUCACAAAGCUCUGCUGAAAAUCAGGUGUGAGCAUUUUCGGGCACUGCUGAAUGAAACGGACGAGGACAACAUUGAAAUUCACCAGUUCUCAUACCUGGUGUACAGAGCCUUCCUGGAGUACCUCUACACAGACACUAUUAACCUGCCACCAGAGGAUGCUAUUGGGCUGUUAGACUUGGCUACGUUCUACCGAGAGACGAGGCUGAAGAGGUUGUGCCAGGAAACAAUCAAGAGAGGCAUCUCUGAGGAGAACGCCAUCACUUUGCUCUCUGCUGCUGUCAAGUAUGAGGCGCGGGAUCUGGAGGAGUUCUGCUUCAAGUUUUGCGUCAACCACCUCACAGCUGUCACGCAGACCCAGGCCUUUGCAGACAUGGACCACGAGCUGCUCAAGAACUUCAUUAGUAAAGCCAGCCGCUACGGGGCCUUCAAAAACUGACUAGAGCGCCCCUGUAGUGAUGGAUUCAACACGACGGGGUCCUGAGAGUCGACCCUAGACCAAAGUAAACAGCGAGCUGAUCAGCACUUCAAAGCCUUGUUCGCUGGGGAUGUUAACACUGGAGAGGCAGACAGUUUAAGGUUUCACCCUCUAACUCAUGCAAACACCGUGGUCCCACGAGGCGGAAAUAUCGGGUCAGUCACAAGCAGACAGUGCUAUAUAGAAAGAUGUGCCUCAGUGGUCGUCUUCAUGUUACUGGCAGUAUGUCUGGUUAAUUUGGCCUCUGAUUUGUUUAAGCUCGUCAGCAGAUGGAUGAGGUUCAGGGCUUUCCACGCAGUUUUUUUUUUUCACACUACCCUUUAUUAGUUAGAGAAACAAAGUGGUACAUUAUGUCUGAUCACUUGUGAGAAGCCGCAAUCAGCAAAAAACCAAUCAGCUCUGAAUAGACCCCUUCACAAUGUGCUGCUUUGCGGGACUCACUAAAAACCUGGUAUUUCACCAGGGGUCUGACUUCCUGCUUCAGUGUUGAGUGCCUGAUGUGCAUGUUCUUGGCUCGCAUCCGGUGUCUUGUCCCGUAUAACUUUAGAUGGAGAUGAUAUUUUUAAUUGUUCACGUCCUGUGUGAAACCAAAACUGAGUGUUGACUUAUUAUCUUAAUCACACACCAUGGGCUUUUCAUAACCCAUCCGCUUAGUUUUGUUGUCUAGAACUACCUUAUAGCAACUGAAGCAAGAAUUAUGUUUUAAGUAUCUAAAAAAGAAAGGAAACUCAACAAGAUGUUCUGAUUACAGACUGGACAUGAACAUAAAAAGUCCUGAGAAAGAUCCUUUCAUCAAACACAGGUUGUUACCUACAGUAAAUGUAAGACCACCUACACAACUUAUAAGAUAACAACGUGCAUGCAGAGCAAGGGCUGAAAGUAUCCCCGAGCUUGCUGAAUUGUGCACUGCUACAUCUUGCAAACCCACACCCUUACAAGUGAAAUACCAAGUUGUUAGUGAGACCCGCUGCUUUUCUUUAACGCCUUGAUUCUCAAACUUUCUGGUUUGAGAUGUAGUAUUAAAUGAGGAAAAACACGCAAAAUGUUCUUGUGUUUUAGAAACCUCUGUCUUACUCUUUUUUUUUUCUGAGCAGUUAUAGUUUGUAUCUGAUCAGUAAGAAUAUCAGUUCUCUUGCAUAAGUUAGUGUAAAAUUUUGCCACUCUGCUUCAUGUUAUAGUUCUUCACCUUUGCCAUCCAGACUUGUCGUUACGGAUUGACGUUUGUAUUGACUAACAUCCGCACUGUUUUGCUGUUGACACUUGCUUUUGCCACCAUCAGCAGACUGCAGUGAGUUACACUCUGAGCUGCUGGACACAGUGUCUGACACAGACACGCAUAUCGAUUCCUAUUGCAGCUAAUUUUACUGUCAUGUUUCUUGCAAUUUUGUAUGUUUACAGAAGUUUUGUUGACUAUUGUGGGUUUUUUUUUUUUUUGAAAUUGUUGGCAGCAUUUAUGGCUCUUUUUGUGUGUUUCUUUAUAUCUCUCCCCUGGUAGCACCUUGCGUUAAUGAAGUAAUGCUGGCUUGGUGUAAUUGCCAACUGACUGUGUUGAAGAAAGCCCAAGUCUAUAGGACCACAAGGUCUUUAAAUGUAGUUACCAGAUAAUUCCACAUUAAGCUGAAUGUAACAAACUGCUUUUACUUUAACAAGCCAAUUAUUGUAUUUUUUGGAAAGUUUUGAUAAUUACUUAAAUGCCUGUCUUCUCAUUUUGUAUGGAAAACACUGUAAACUGCUGACAGUGGCACUAACUGUAACAUUUGAUAAUCUAAAGUGUAUUAAAAUGAAUGACUGCAUAAUUUG